UCCGCCUCAGUGGACGCUCGCGGAUGUUGACAUUUUUACGAAGCCUGUUUCUGGCAGAAAUAAUAAAAGUACCAAUAAAAGAUGGACGACCAGGGCUGCCCGAGAUGUAAGACCACCAAGUAUAGAAACCCGUCGCUGAAACUGAUGGUGAACGUCUGCGGCCACACGCUAUGCGAGAACUGCGUGGAGAUGCUGUUUGUGCGCGGCUCGGGGAACUGCGUGCAAUGCGACACGCCUCUGAGGAAGAGCAACUUUCGCGUGCAGCUCUUCGAAGACGCAACUGUGGACAAGGAGGUCGAGAUCCGCAAGAAGGUGAUGAAAAUCUACAACAAAAGAGAGUUCGACUUCCCCAGCCUGAGAGACUAUAACGACUAUCUGGAGCAGGUGGAGGACAUAGUUUACAACCUUACAAACAACAUUGAUGUGGAGAACACCAAGGGCAGGAUGGAGCAGUACCAGAGGGAAAACAAAGACAUCAUCCAGAGAAAUAAGGCAAAGCUUACGCGGGAGCAGGAAGAGCUGGAGGAGCUGCUGCUUCUGGAGCAGCAGAGCAACGAGCAGCGGAGGCUGGAAGUGUUGCAGGAGGAGCAGAGGCAGCUGCAGGCCAAGAGGAAGAGCAAACAGGCUCUGCUGGAUGAUCUGGAACAGUCCAAGCUUCCUGCCACCAUCUUGCUAGCUCAACACAAGGUUCGCGCCGCCCAGCUGGAGACGCAGAUAGAGCAGCAGAAACAGAAUGUGAAGCCGACCAGCUUGUUCUCCACUGGGAUCCAGAUCGGUCAAACUGUUUCUCUCCAGCCCUUGCCCAGAUUACAGGAGGUUCUGUACCAGUACAAACCCUUGCAGGUUGAAACCUACGGACCUCCAGCACCUGACCUAGAGCAACUCAGCAGAUUUGGUCAGAGAACAGCCAGCAGCAGGAAUCUCUAGGAAUCGCCUCGAAUGGGUUUUCCACAUUCUCCGAUCCCUGCGAGGCUCACAUCCAUCUGCUAUGACGGGUGUGAGGGGGCCGGGGCCGGGUCAGAGGUCACCGACCAAGAGGGAGCAGGAAGUCAGAGUGCUGGGGCUGACAGAGGCAGACUGAUGGCACCUCGGAGAGACGGCUCUCGUUUCGUACCGUUUCACGCUCCUUACCGUAUAAACACGGCUUUGAUGCUGAAGUUAAGAGCUGCUGAAUGAG